CGCCGUCAUCUCAUCAGCCUGUCCGCCUUCAACUUCCGCCCGCCGGCGGCGCUGGACAUCGGGCUCACCCUCACCGUGCACGCCACCAACCCCAACGUCGUGCCCGUGCGCUACGGGCCCUCUACCGUCUCCAUCCUCUACGGUGGCGCGCACCUCGGCACCGCCCGCCUCAACGCCGGCGAGCAGCCCGCCACCUCCUGCCGCCUGCUCCACCUCCCGGCGCGCCUCGACGGCGUCGAGCUCGCGCAGCGCGCCCGCGCCCUCCUCUUCGACGUCGCGCGCCGCCACAUGGAGCUGGACGCGGCCGUCGAGAUCGCCGGCGAGGCCGCGGUGCUGCUCUGGUCCCGCCCCUUCUCCGUCCGCAUCGACAGCCACAUCACCGUCGACCCCGUCUUCCUGGAAGUCGUCGACCAGGAGAACCGCUUGGAGAUGCAGCUCUACCUCGCUUCAAUUUUUUUUACCAACUAGACUAGAGUAGAUGCAUGACAAAGUGGUAUGUGCCCAGUAGUCUUCAGUUCAGCAGAUUUACAUUUUUGAGUCUCGAGCAGAUGCAUCUCUUGUGGAAAUCUGGACUAUAGUUAUGCAUAUAAAUAAUUUAUUGUUCGAACUGUCAACACGACGACCUAGUUUUCCUGAAUGCAGUUUGAUAGCUUUUGCUUGAAAUUUUACGUCCUUAUGACAUGACUCGGUUUCUUUUCUCCUGGAUGUUCAUUUGUACACAUCUAACAUUAUUCUUGUUCGGGUUUACAAAGGAAGGAGUUCUCGUGGAAGGCCUGUUCUGGAAGGAUGUUGAGAAGCUGAUUGAUGACUACAACAGUGAGCGCAAGAGUAAAUGAAUUGGUAGCUCGUGUCUCUGGCCAUCUGGGGAGACAUUGGCUGUCUAGAGAAAUCCCUCAAAGUUUAGCUUAAUCUGAACAGGCAUUUUUGCUAUACUGUACCGGUUGACCAGUGAAUGAAUGAUGUUCUAGACAUUAACCCUAACGUCGUGUCCAUGCUUGUAACCUGUUUGUUCUGGUGCUUCCAUACGGCGGAGCAGAUUUUGAAGAGAAAUGGAACAAAUCGUUAAAUCA